AUGGCUGCAGAAGAGAAGUGGAAAGGUUGGGCUUCGAAACAGCCUGGCGGGGCUGAACAGGCAGGCGACAAAGAACCGUGUGUGCUUCUGGGCCAGCAGCUGGGUGAACCGGGAAGAUUUGCUUAUGCGGCACUUUGUGGGACAUCCCUAGCAUGGCUGUUCCCUGAAAAAGAGCAAAGCUCCUUCAGGACAGAAUUCAUUGAGGGCUUUGUGAAAUGGCUGGACUUGCCCGAAGCUGUCUUACCUGCCAUGACAGCAUUUGCUAGCGGCUUAGGAGGUGAGGGCACAGAAACUUUUGCCCAGAUUUUGUUGAAGGAUCCCAUCUUGAAAGAAAAUCCAGUUGUCAUUACCCAAGAUCUUCUAUCCUUCUCUCUUAGAGAUGGGUACUACGAUGCUCGAGCCAGGGUGUUGAUCUGCCACAUCAACUGGCUGCUGAGAAUCCCCUUGGAGGAGCUGGACGUCCUGGAGGAAUCUCUGCUUGAGAGCCUGAAGGAACAAAAGGAGGAAGAGUCAGAAACUGCAGAAGUAUCAAGAAAAAAGAAGGAAAGGCGACAAAAGCUGAAGAGAUACCUGCUGAUCGGUUUGGCAACCGUUGGGGGAGGAACAGUGAUUGGCUUGACAGGGGGUCUUGCUGCCCCUCUGGUUGCUGCGGGAGCUGCUACUAUCAUUGGAAGUGCUGGAGCAGCUGCUUUAGGUUCGACUGCUGGAAUUGCUGUCAUGGCAUCGCUUUUCGGAGCAGCUGGAGCUGGCCUUACUGGAUACAAGAUGAAGAGGCGUGUGGGAGCCAUAGAAGAGUUUGAAUUCCUUCCACUUACUGAAGGAAAGCAGCUUCAUAUCACCAUAGCAAUUACUGGAUGGCUGUGCACUGGCAAAUAUGGGAGCUUCACAGCACCAUGGAGCAGCAUGUUGCAAUCCAGUGAGCAGUAUUGUCUGGCCUGGGAAUCCAAGUACUUGAUGGAGCUUGGCAAUGCCUUGGAUUCCAUGCUGAAUGGUUUUGUGAACAUGAUGGCUCAAGAAGCCCUAAAAUUCACUGUCUUGUCAGGUAUUGUGACGGCCUUGACUUGGCCAACUUCGCUUUUAACUGUUGCCAAUGUCAUUGACAACCCCUGGGGAGUGUGUCUCCAUCGGUCUGUUGAAGUAGGCAAACACCUAGCCCGUAUCCUGCUCAGUCGACAGCAGGGCAAGCGACCUGUCACACUGAUUGGCUUCAGUCUGGGUGCAAGAGUCAUUUACUUCUGCCUGCAGGAAAUGGCUCGAGAAAAAGACUCGCAAGGGAUCAUAGAAGAUGUGGUCUUACUGGGAGCUCCAGUGGAAGGAGAAGCCAAGUACUGGAAAGCUAUCACAAAAGUGGUGUCGGGCAGGAUCAUAAACGGUUAUUGCAGGGGCGACUGGCUGCUGGGGUUUGUAUACAGAACCUCUUCUGUCCAGAUCAACGUUGCAGGCCUCCAGCCAGUCGACUUGGAUGACAGGAGGAUGGUAAACAUGGACCUUUCGUCUGUA